GUAAUGCUACAACGAAUAGACGGGUAUACCUAAAAUUAAUGAAAUAUCCCGACAUGAAUAUUCCAUAUAAAGUUCAAGGUGUCGUAUCAUUUUGACUAAAUAGAUACCAGACCACGCGGCCACACCAAUAACUCGAGUUUCCGUUGUCAUCGUACGAUAUCACCAUGCCAACCGUCAUGUGUUACACCAACCUUGCCAGUGACCAGCUACCCGAGGACUUCGAGCGCUGGGCCACAGCCCUCGUGGCCGAGGUGCUGGAUAACCCCGCCAAGUUCGUGAGUGUGGUCGUACAGCCGAAUGCCCGUAUGUUGCGUUUAGAGGACCCAUCUCCGAUGAUGCUGGUACAGAUUCAUGCUAUUGGAGUGUUUGAUAAGGAAAGAAAUCCCGGUUACACACAGAAACUCAAUCAAAGCUUUAGAGAAAAACUGAACUUACCCGCUAAAAGGGUAAUUCUACACUACUUCCACGUGGAACAACAUAUGGUGGGCUAUGUAGAUUGACAGCUAUCUGUUAGAAUCACACUAUCCUGAGACUGCCUGCUGCCCUCGGCACCACAAAACAACCCUAUCAUACUGUUCUCGGCCAAAAUCGUUACAACAAACCUGAUUGUGUGGAUAAUAAAUAUCUAUUUGGU